GCUCUGUAGUCUGGUCUCUCGGCCUGCCGUCCACCUCACCGCAGCGUGGACAGACGCGGAGCGGAGCAACCAAAUUCCGCAGAGAGUGGAAGGGGACUAGUAGAGAGGCGCCGGGAGAAAAGAAAUACUAGCAUGGAGGCGGCCGCGAGCAAGAGCGUGUGUGUGACCGGCGCAGGAGGCUUCAUCGCCUCGUGGCUCGUCAAGCUACUCCUCUCCAAGGGCCACUACGCGGUCCGCGGCACCGUGCGAAAUCCUGGUGAUUGUAAGAAUGCUCAUCUCAAGACACUAGAAGGUGCUGGUGAAAGGUUGCAGCUGGUCAGGGCCGACCUGCUGGAUUAUGACAGCAUUGCAUCGGCGGUUGCUGGUUGUGAGGGAGUCUUCCAUGUUGCUAGCCCUGUCCCUUUCGGCCGAUCAACCAACCCUGAGGCAGAAAUCAUAGCUCCUGCUGUAACAGGCACACUCAAUGUGUUGAAGGCUUGCUACGAGGCAAAAGUUAAGCGAGUUGUCAUGGUGUCUUCAGUUUCUGCUGUGUACAAUAAUCCUAACUGGCCUAAGGGUAAAGUCUUCGAUGAAGAUAGCUGGUCAGACGAGGCCGUCUGCAGAAAGGGCGAGGAUUGGUAUGACCUUUCCAAAACGCUCGCAGAGCGUGAGGCAUUUGCUUAUGCAGCAAAAACUGGACUGGAUAUUGUAACUAUUUGCCCAUCGUUGGUAAUUGGCCCCUUGCUGCAGUCUUCAGUAAACGCGAGCAGUCAAGUCCUCCUUAAUUAUCUUAAAGGAGAACAUGAGACUGUAGAAAAUAAGCUCAGGAACCUAGUGGAUGUUCGUGAUGUCGCCGAUGCUAUUCUUUUGGCUUUUGAAAAUGCAGAGGCAUGUGGACGCUACCUCUGCAGUUCAUUAUCAAUUAAAGUCUCUGAUCUGAUAAACAUACUGAAGACCUUAUAUCCAAUGUACUCCUAUCCCAAAAACUUCGCGGAAGUGGAACGCAAUAUCAUUUACAGUUCGGAGAAACUUCAGAAGUUAGGGUGGACCUUCAGGCCUGUGGAGAAGACCCUCGCGGACAGCGUCGAAUCCUAUAGAGCUUCUGGCAUCCUGAACUGAGCAUCCAAGCCUGGACAAGUUUAGCAGUUGAUGGUUUGCAAACCCUUUCUGGUUCAUGUAGACAGUGUAACAAAAUAAGUUGGUGAUAAGUUCACCGGUGGAACCAUGUUACCAUGAAAAAUAAGUAAACAAUAUGUGGGAGUUUCUUUUGAGUACUCUCGUGGUGUUUCCAGCAACGUAGUUGCAGGCUGCAAUGUGCUGGCGUUUCUACGAGUAGGCCUGAUGAACCAUGUUGACGCAUGAA